UUUCUAUAUCGAGUAUGUUCGGCAAGUGACUAAAACGAGCAGAGAGCUACUACAUGAUGAAAUCUAUCUAGGUAAUUGAAUUCAGCAUUUGACGUAUACUUGUUUGACGUUGGUUUUCCAAGAAAGACGAACACAAUCCUUAUUGCAGUUUAAGUGUCUCAGGUCAUUAGUCUAAUCUAGAUUGUCUGUUUUGCAGCAAGCAAUCCUAAGCUGGUAUUCAACAAAGAAUCCUGGCCAUGAAAGUUAAUCUAACGGACGUUUUGGGAAGUGAAGGCCUAGAUGUGGCUUCUGAGAACUUAAUACCCUGCAAGCCAACAACGCCACAUGAUCUAAAUACAACAAGAACCGUAUCUGAAGUGAUUGUCGCUUCGGGAGCAGGGAUCUUUUACUUAGCAUUGUGCACGCUUAGCGUACUCGGUGUUUGGUCAACUUCUUGUGCCAGACUGUGCUCUUCUCGAGGAACGUUUUUUGUUUUCUUCAUUAGUGCAUUGCUCGCUUCUGUGAAUGUCUUCUCCAACUCCGACAACCUAGAGGUCAAGCUAUACUUCCGUUUAUUUGCCUUUGUGUUUGUCGGAAUAGCUUACACAUUGUUUGGUGCUUCUCUAUUCUUCUCUCUGCCAGACGAACGAGAAAAUCGACAAACUUUGGGUCAACAACAGCCUUCAAUGGGGUGCGUUGUUGGUGUGGUGACAUUUCUUAUAUUUUUACUCGAAGCCGUGCUGUUGGCAUUUGCGUGCACGAAAGGCGCUAAGAAAGCGAUAUCCGUAGAUCCCUCUGUGAAAACAAUCACUUGGAUCUUGAUUAUUAUAGACAAGUCAGCUUUCUUCCUUCAAAAGCCUUUUCAGCUUGCCAUAUACCUCUACUUGCGUACCACUUGUCUUAGUACGCAAGAAUUCAAAGGGAAUGCUGAAUUUUACUUUAGAAUUAUGUCCUUCUUCAACUUUAUAGAGUGGAUAGACGCUCAGGUGAACGUGGAAAUUGAUGUUGCCCUGAGUGGACCUAUCAUUGAUGAACUCGAUGGAUGGUUUAAUGUUUUUGUAGUUGGUUACAAGGCAUUGAUAAUAGAUUACCGUUUGCUAUGUUGUUUCCUUUUUCUGGAGCAUUCUGCAGAAAUUCCAGAUGUAAAUCAGCUUCCUGAGGUCCCAGAAAAUGAAGACCGAUUCGUUAAUUGUAUGGCUUCAAGGGAUCAACUUAGGAUGUAUGCGGGGUUCUUCGCUGGUUGUUUGUGUAUUACCGCACCUGUCCUCUGUGGUCUUUAUUUCAUUCACAGCCUUAACAUCGGCGCAUUCGUCCAGGUAUUCGCCAUUAUUGUCAAUACGGCAAUUUUUGUUCUCGCUGCAUAUUUCCUUCACAGCAAUGAUUUAGAAGAAGGCGAGAUUUCUGAAUCAGUUGGAGUCAAAAUCAUGGUAAGUUCCUCUAUUUUUUGAUUUGGAUUAUUAAAUUAUUAAAUUAUUUUACUAGGGUAAUACAUCUGUGAACUGCCUCCCCCCUCCCCUCAGAAAAAAAAUGUUCUCUUAUCACUCUGCAGUCUUCAAAUCAAUUUAGAACCACCUUAUAUGAUUCCACUAUUUGCUAUGGGAGUCAAAAUUCAACAAUAUUUUCCGUGUUAUCAAUUUUAUUUAAAGCUGCUUAAAUUAGUACCAUGGGAUAGUACUUUAUUUCCAAAGAGGUCUGACAUUUGAAUGGUAACACGAAACAGGAUUUCAUCCACAGAGUCAAGAGGCUAAACCAUCUUUCAAGAUUCCAUAAUUCUCUCUGGGGGUGAAGGAUUACUCUCUUCAUAGGGCUGCUUAAUUGAGAUCACAACGCAUGACUCACAUUUCAUUCUGUUAUUUUUUGGGGGAAACGGUGUUGAUUUGGGAAGGAAAUAAAUUAGAGUAGAAAAGGUAUACACAUAAACCAGUAGCCUGCGUAGCAAGCGUUUCCGUUUGGUUUCGGAGCAAAGAAAAACCGAGGAAGCGGACUUUCGGUUUUGACCGCGCGAGAAAUGAAACGAGAGCCAAAAUGUGAAAGAGAAGGGAGGCGCCAUUUUUCGCGCGGUCUUUGACUCUCGUUCCUCGUUCUUUUCUCCUAAAUCGCACAGAAACGCUUGCUACGCAGGCUAAUAAACCAGUUAGUCCGCUAAUAGAAUCAGAGGCAUCUUGUUGUGGUGGUGGACUAUCUGGUAAUUGUCUACUAAUUAUUUACUUCAUCUUUUAAAUUCUUAACAACCCCCAAAUGCAAUAUUUUCUAAUUUUUCCAAUUUUUCAUCAAGUUCUCAAAAAAAAUAUUGAAUUAAGGGCUGCAACUAAGUGGAGCCAUUUUUUGAUUGAAUGGAAUCUAGAUAUUUAAGAAAAAGGGUGGAAAUCAACGAAAUAUAAUAUUUUUAAACAGACUGUUCCCUUAAUUCCAAAAGAGCUGACUGAUAAGCUGACACAUCGUUGCAUGGCAAGCCUUAAAUUAUUUUUUACAUUUGUCAUGAGAAUCCCGCAUCCAAACAGGAUACCGAACAUCAUUUUCUUUUCCGCAUCCGUGGCCCAAAUUUUGGCGAAUUCCGCAAUGUGCAUUUUGGUCAAACUCAGACCCUGUAAAUGAUUUCAUGUGACCACUACUUUUAAUUUAUAGGUUUGCUGCAUGGGUGCUGUUGGCUUCACUUGUUGGUUAGUAGAAGCAGCUAUUGCGGGCUACUGGGCGCAGACGGCUCCUUACAGAGACGACAUAGACGACCAGUCAUUUAUGGGCUGGGAUUCGGCAAAAUUUCUCGUACGUGGGCUUACUGGAGCAUUUCUGAUAUGCGUGUUUAUGAGAGUAAAUGCACGAUCAUUGCCAUUUCAGAAUCUAAACAAGAGAUGGAAUCAUUUGCUCGUUCCUGUCAUCAUGUUAGGAAUAUUUUCAGUGUUUGGAGAAACCUUGCUUGACCAGUAUAAGGGACCUCUCGAUACCAGACUUCGGUAGGUGAUAGUUUAAUGCUCAUGCCCGCUGCUUCCAGACUCUCUGUAAACAUGAAGUUCUUGUCCCCAGUGCCACUUGGCUAAUUAAAUUUGACCACGUGACCAAAAUAACGACAAGCUCUGGGAAGUAAAGUUAUUAAACAUGAUGGCUCUGGGCUGGCUACAAAAGCUAAGAGAGCCGGCCUGGAAGCUGGGUUUGCACUUUUUUUUUGGGGGCGGGGGGUUGGGAGAAGAAAAAUGUUUCAAUGAGUAUAACACAGUUAAAAGAAACAGUCUCAGAAUGAGGAGAGGAAAUUUGGGUCUCCUGAUCUGCUUGUUGCAUUUCCCAUCCUCGAAGCCUCUAGGUCUCCAAAGAUGCGCGUUUCCUUGAGGAGUUCGAUUUUACAAACGUUGGCUCAUCGAUUUCAGCCUUUCUCCGGAUGACUGAGAAAAAUAAGGUACUGCUCAUCUAGCCACACCGCAACAGAACAUGAACGUCUUUGAAGUACAACAUGUUUAUCCUGUAUAUUUCAUUGUAUUCCAGCCCUUUAAAACAGAAGCCUAUGAAGUCAUUGACUGGCCCCAUGUAAGGCAAUCUGGAUUUCAAAAUCCGAGAAAUUUUUGCUAUCGGAAUUUGAAAUCCUGGGCUUUGGAAUCUGGAAUUCAUUCCAAAGAAUUCGAAAUCCCGCUAACGUUUGGAAUCUGGGAUCCAAGUUCCACUUACAAGGAAUCCGGAAUCCAUUCUUGGUGUUGUCGAAACCAUUAUGAUUGGUUCGCUCAGUUUUGUGUCGUGGUGUUGGCAUUGCUCAGUUUCUUUUCAAUCGUCGUUUGGUGGUUGCACCUGUUCGCAACACCAAGAAACUGAAUUGGAGCCUGUUUUGAAUUACCUUACUUCUGGAUGGAUGAGCUUCAAAAAUUCUAUUCUGAUUCUUAACAAUGAAGUACAUCUGCUCAGGCCGAGGCCAAACGUCUGACUUUUCAUGAGACGCAUGCACCAACCUUAGAGAGUUAAGUUCACGAAACGUUCGACUUCUGACUUAGAUAAGUCGUCUUAAAGCUAAGAGUUUGGAUCUUCCAACACAGUCUUUCUACCCGUCUGCUUCAGACGGAUAAAGCGUCUGAAGAUCAUCCCCGUUACAAACGUCGAUCUUUACUUGCGACGAACUAAAUUAAGGUGUUUCGAAAAAGUUUUUCAGAGGCCACACUGAUAUUUUUCAAUCGCCUUAAAAGUGGUUUUCUCCUUGUCCGAUGGCUUUAAAUUUUCACCAUUAAUUGGCUAUGGAUUAAAAUUUGUGAAAUUGUCGAUUUAAGUAAAAUCGAUAUUACUAUGACAACAAUAAACAAAAAGCUUUGAAACUGAUAAAAGCCGAAUUUUGUGUGAUCUAGACCAGCCACUAGGAACUUAAAGUUUGGUGUUUAGCAAACAAUCUCAGUAAGAAGUAAAAAAAUUCUGUAUCUAUUUCAAACCUUGAAUUUUCAACAGCCGUGAUAUAUUAUUUUAUUAAUAACAACGUUAUAAAUGACUCAAAUUAUUUUUAAGUAGCGUCAGAAUGCUUCUUAAUAUCAUAUUUCGAUGCUAGCAAAUUUUGGUGUAUUUUCGUUCUUGCGAUCUUCAAAACUAACCCGUUUUCUCACCACCUGUAUAAGUGCAACUUCAUUGAAAUUAGGACUUUUGGCGCUUUUUGUAUAUCUCUAAAACGGCUAGAACGAAUUUUUUUAAAAUCUCUUCAAAUAAUUUUCAUAAUGUAUAUAAUAUUGUCUGUAACUUUCAUUAAGAUGGAUUCACUGCAACACCUUGAAAUUUCAAGACAAGCCUAUCCUACUUACCAGUCAAAAAUCUGCGUCACAACAUUCACUGUUUUGACGUUAUGCUAAUUUUUCCAUAAUAACGCGGACUUUAUAUACGUCCAUGACUAGUACAUUUUAGUUGGAAUUUAUCACAUCUUUUGAAUGCGGAUUUUACUCGCGCAUGAAAUGUCCAUGGAUUAAUUUGGAAAAAAUUUUAACGUUGGAUUUUUUUAGGACUUGUUUGAAUGUGAAAAUCUUAAUGAAAGUUUGACAUUAUAUCGCAUUAUGAAAUUGUAUUUUUGAAACAAAUUUGUUCGAUUUGUUUCAGAGAUAUACCAAAAAGCGCUAAAAGUCCAAAUUUUAAUGAAGUUGCACUUGGAGAGGUGGUGAGAAAACGGGUUUUUAAGAUCGCAAGAACGAAAACACACCAAAAUAUCCUAGCAUCGAAAUAUGACAUUAAACAGCAUUCUGAUACUACUUAAGAAUAAUUUGAGUCAUUUAUAACGUUUUUAUUAAAUAAUCUAUCACGGCUAUUGAAAAUUUAAAGUUUGAACCAUAUUUUCGUUUUAGUCGAAUUCAAACAUACAGGAUUUUUUACUUCUUAUGGAGGUUAUUUGCUAAACGCCAAACUUUAAGUUCCUAGUUUUGGAUUCUCAGAAGCUGGUCUAGAUCGCGCAAAAUUAGGCGUUCAUCAAUUUCAAAGUUUUUUGUUUAUUGUUGUCAUAGUAAUAUCGAUUUUACUAAAACCUACAUUUUGACAACUUUCAAUCUAUAGUCAAUCAUUGGUGAAAAUUUUAUGGCGAUCAGACAAGGGUAACAUCACUUUUAAAGCGACUGAAAAAUAUCGGUAUGGCCUCUGAAAAACUAUAUCCAAACACCUUAAUAAAUUAAACAUUUGUUUGAUAAUAUGUAUAUUCAGCCUCGUUGUGGAGAAAAAGUUUUAAGUUCAACGUCUGACCCAACAGACGAUCUUAACUUUUAAAUUGAGGUAGACCAAGAUUAGAGGGUGGUUACUAGUCUCGUCCAUGAAAAGCUCAACGUUUAGCCUAGGCUUAAGUGAGACGAUUUGGCCGAAAAAGGUCUUACUACGCUAAUAAUCUCUUAGUUUCAGUGCACGUUACUUUUUUUAUAUCUCCUUUUCAGUUGUGAAAUCAAAGAGGAAAGUUUGAAGAUUCUUCUGGAGGUUGGGCCGCCCAUGUAUCUCGGAUUCUUGAUUCACGUGUUUCUACACUUUUUUAUACUUUGGUCAAAUCUUGGUAAAAGGCCAAUUGCAGGUCGAGAAGAUUCUUUAGCUUCUUUUUCAACCUUCGAAAGAGUCAGUUCUAUUGCAACCCAUGUAUCCCUUGAACACGAAGGAGAAGACUCAGAAGAAGAAUUUUUUAAUGCGUUGGAACAUGUAGAUGAUACUGAUAAUUUUCGGAUUUAAAGUUAUUGAUCAUGAGAAUAAUUAUGCUGCAGAAGCAGGUUUUACAAUCUUCAGUAACAUAAUUGUGAAUAACAUUUCGCAUAACUAUAUUAUCAUUACUGCACACGGCUUUAUUUGGUCAAUCAGUUAGUUUUCUGUAUUUGUUUGCGUUGUUUCACCUACACAUUUUAGUUUCUUUUUCUCACUGUUAACCAAUAGUGUCCGAAGAUUACCUCAUAAGGUCCAAUCAGCAAACAUAUCAAAAGACAUUGAUUGAGAGAAUAUUGUAUACGAAACUUUCCGCUUAAAAUGUGGCUGCAAAAACUGCCUAUAGCCUAUACUGACUUAGGGAGACUCACGAGUGAGGUGCAGCUUUAUGGGUCAAAAACUAAGGAGGAUUUUUGGUGGCCAGCUGACAUGAGGUGACAACGCACUGCGAGUAAUCAGCAAGACCGACCUUGAGAGUUUGAUUACGACUACCGUGAAUCCUAUAUUAAGCCCCCUCCCCCCUAAUAAGCCCUCCCUAUUUAGGGGAAGAAAGUUA